AUGAAACAUGGCGACACUAUUCGUUGCUGGGUGGGUGUUGCCUCCUUAAUGAAAAGGGGCAAUGAACUUCUCUUUCCUUCAAGAGAGGAGACGCGCGAUAUAAUUAAAAACGGAGACUACCUAUCAGUUCUGCAAUCUCUUAACCCUCUUCUAGAAGAUUGGCAGCGCGAAUUUGAUCGCGCCAAAUGUGAAGCCUCCUUCUUCCUAAGACUCAUGCAUGUACAUCAUACUAACAGUGACCUAGUAUCGAAGCCCAUGAGGUUAAUCCUUGCCAUAGAAUUUGGUUAUGUGAAGGUAUAUAUCAACAGCGUUGCUUUACAGGCUGUUGUGGAACAUUACAAUCGUUGUGCUAAGGAAGGCGGCUCUAUGCCACUUUCUGCUCUCCUGAAUCCAUAUGAAGGAAAUAAGCAGUAUUUUAUGGAGGUUGUCAAUUCAGCGAGGGCUAUGCUUCAAAUAGUUGUCGAAGAGCUCCUCCCAGAAAACCGAUUGAAGCAUGUUCCAGUCAGGACAUACUCCAGAAUCCUUGCAGGAGCUAUGUUCUGCCUUAAGGCGUAUGCCCUCGCCGCAAAAGAUAGUGAAACGGCCAUUUCGCUUACACUUGUUGAACGCACGGCUGAAGCGCUCUGCACAUGUGUUGUUGAUGACGUCCACCUAAGUAAUCGGUUUGGAGAGCUUCUACAGGCUCUUGUCUCAAGCCUCCGAAGCCGCGUAGUAACAAUGCCAGGCAGUGAGCAGUCACUAAGUGGGCACAUUACCCCAAACAAUGGCCAGACCACGCGACCAGCCUUCGAAAUACUCGAAUCUACGCCUACAGAUACAAAGCCCAUCAUAACGGAAUCUUUUGAGCGAACCCUGCCUUCCGCGAUGCCACUUCAACAGCCGCUGACGACAGCGGAAUAUGAUGGCCAUUUUGGCAUGACGCUUUCUUGCACAGUACCCGACACAUCAGGAUAUGCACCAAUGCAUGUUGUCUCAGAUCACCAGUCCUUUCAGCACGACCCAUUAAUAUCGUUUGCCGGUCUUGGUCCCAACCAACUUGGUUGGUCUGGGGGCCAAGAUUUUUUCGAUAUGCUUGGUCCCUUGCUAGAUGUCCAAUAUGAACAAUACCGGUGA